GAUUACGUAACAACUAGGGUCCUCGUGAUGUUAAGAAAUACAAUUGACUUUAUAAUAGGAGGAAUAAAGAUAGCAUUGGUUCAUUAUUAGUCUGUAUUUACAUUUUUCGACCAAAAAUCAUACAACAAGAGUAAUGAAGAUGAAGUUGAAGUUGAUAUUCUCCUUUCUCCUCAUGCUCUUGUGUAGCUCCAUAGAAUGCAGUCAUAUUCCUCACCCACUUGACCCUCUAACACCUUCAGAAAUCAACCUUGUCCGUAACAUAAUCCUCAAAUCAUACCAAACCAAACACUACAACCUCACUUUUCACUACGUAGGAUUGCAAGAACCCGACAAACCUCUCAUUCAAUCAUGGCUAUCCUCCAACACUAAAACCAAAACUCUUCUUCCACCACCUCGUCAAGCCUUUGUCAUAGUAAGGUUCCAAAAACAAUCCCUCGAAAUCAUCGUAGACUUUUCAACUCGUUCCAUAAUCUCAACAAAACUCUACAAAGGACAAGGCUACCCUAUCCUUACCUUUGGUGAACAAACCAUUGCAUCACAGUUACCAUUCACCUACGAACCGUUUAAACAUUCUUUGAACAAAAGAAAUAUUAACAUUUCUAAUGUUUUAUGUGCUGCUUUUACGGUAGGUUGGUUUGGAGAGGAAAAGAGUAAACGAACAGUGAAAGUGAAGUGUUAUUACAAGAAUGGUUCUGCUAAUUUGUAUGCAAGACCAUUGGAGGGUGUGGCAGCUGUGGUUGAUCUUGAUGAAAUGAAGAUUGUUGGUUACUCUGAUAGACAUGUGAUUCCAGUGCCAAAAGCUGAAGGAACUGAGUAUCGAGCUUCAAAGAUGAAACCACCGUUUGGUCCAAUGCUUAAAGGGAUAGCUGUAAGUCAACAUGAUGGACCUGGUUUCACCAUCCAAGGUCACUCCGUGAGUUGGGCCAAUUGGGUUUUCCAUAUAGGAUUCGACAUUCAAGUUGGUCCAAUAAUUUCUUUGGCAUCAAUUUAUGAUCUAGAAAAUCAGAAAUACCGUGAAGUACUAUACAAAGGAUUGAUAUCAGAAGUGUUUGUGCCAUACCAAGACCCAAGUGAAGAAUGGUAUUACACAACCUACUUUGAUUGCGGUGAAUAUGGCUUUGGACAGACUAUGUCUUCAUUACAACCUUUCACAGAUUGUCCUGCAAAUGCUGUCUUCCUAGACGCAUACUAUUCUGCUUCAGAUGGUACUCCUGUUAAGAUAUCUAAUGCUUUUUGCAUUUUUGAGAAGUAUGCUGGUGAUAUCAUGUGGCGUCACACAGAAAUUGCAAUCCCAAAUGAAGUGAUAACUGAGGUCAGGUCAGAUGUAAGCCUAGUAGUGAGAUCGGUUUCAACUGUUGGAAACUAUGAUUAUGUUAUAGAUUGGGAGUUUAAGCCAAGUGGUAGCAUCAAACUUGGGGUUGGGCUUACUGGUAUAUUAGGGAUUAAGGCAGGGACAUAUACCAAUACAGAUCAAAUCAAAGAAGACAUACAUGGCACAUUGCUAGCUGAUAACACAAUUGGUAUCUACCAUGACCAUUUCUUUACCUAUUAUCUUGACCUUGACAUUGAUGGUGAAGCCAAUUCCUUUGUCAAGACAAAUUUGGAGACUGUAAGAGUGAAAGAUCAAACAAUACCUAGGAAAAGUUAUUGGACUGUUGUAAAGGAAACAGCUAGAACAGAAGCUGAUGCAAGAGUCAACAUUGGUAUUAAGCCUUCUGAGUUACUAGUGGUAAAUCCUAGUAAAAAAACAAAACAAGGAAAUCAAAUUGGGUACCGUUUGCUUCCAGGCCCAAUUGUGCAUCCACUUUUGCUAACCGAUGAUUAUCCACAAAUUAGAGGUGCUUUCACUAAUUAUAAUGUGUGGGUCACACCAUACAACAAAACUGAGAAAUGGGCAGGAGGAUUAUAUGUUGAUCAUAGUAGAGGUGAUGAUACUCUAGCAGUUUGGAGUCUAAGGGAUAGGAAGAUCGAGAACAAGGAUAUAGUAUUAUGGCACACAAUGGGAUUUCAUCAUGUUCCUUCUCAGGAAGAUUUUCCAGUAAUGCCUACGCUGAGUGGUGGAUUUGAGCUCAGACCAACCAAUUUCUUUGAGAGCAAUCCUGUUCUUAAAACAAAAUCUCCAAAGGCUGUGCAUUGGCCCAACUGCACUUUUCAACAUUAGCUAUCUGUUCUCAUUAAAAAUUAUAUGGAUUCACAUUUUCUCAAUUUAUGUAAUUUUCUCAAGGGAAACACUCUUUAUCAUUUAAUGAAAUCCCAUAUUUCAUCUGAUCA